UCACCUAAAUUAUCGCAUAAUGUUAUUAAGUGAGAAAAAAGGAUUGGAGGUAGUGGAAGGGGAAGUUGUGAGGUGUAUAGAUACUUGGUAGCGUUCGGCGAUGAUUCGCGUAUGAAACGUGUACUUGGCCGAUACGCUACCGCGUAUCUCGAUUAACGGCGAUGCGUAAAGCCUCAAAGCAUGUUGAAGUGGACGCAAUCAUUGUUCGAUCAGAAAUAAAUCGAAAAGAUCAACCUGAGGAUGCGAUCGUCCUGGGACCUUCCAGAGAUCGAAGAGAUGGUGAACAAUGGCUAGCUACUCCACAGAUGAUUCACGAAUCCUCAGAAGCUUUAAAUAUUUCAACUCAAACUCUAUCUAUGAGCUCUUCAAUUUCGUCCCACUUUUCACUUUUGACAUCCCCAAAGCCGAUAGGCAGUUCUAGUCCAAGAUCGCCGCUGAAGGAUAUCGGCAAUAGAGUCACAAUGCGGAAGCUUAAGAGUUCAGGCAUCAAUCUUACAAAGCCAAGGCAAUCACCAGCCUCGUUCUCCAGACCUAUUAAAGAUUUAGAUGAUGAUGGAUUGGAAGAUGAAAAAAAAGAUUUAAAGGAAAUCAUGAUCAUGUGUUGCCGACAAGUGCGUAUGAUUGGACACAAAAUAGAUCGUCUGAAGGGUCAAUUUGUAGAGAUGAAAAAUGAAAUAACUCAUCUAAGAAGUGCCCCCCAUCCAAGCCAAUUAAUCGAUGGAUUUGGUACAGAAUCAUAAGGAGAUGAGGCCAGAGAUGGAUUCAAACUACCGUGUAAGACUCUGGAAGAAUUGAGAGCUUUUGACAAGCAAUUGGAAGAGGAUAAGUCUUACAGGAAAAAAAUUUGCAUGAAGGUGCAUAAGUGCAUCAACAAAGAGCUUUCACUCUCGCGAAAUUUGGGCGUAGUUCUUCGCAAAUUUCUCACACAACAAGUGGGAAAUAAGAUGACCCCUUUGAAAAAGGUGCAGGGCAAAGAGCUGUUCAAGAAUCUGAAAUUUUAUGGUUGUCUUAUUGCUGUUUUUGGUUUAAAUUUUGGAUCUAAAAAAGAACCUUUGGAACGUAAGACUUUCAAUGUUGCAUUAAGUGGGGCUUUGAACAAUUCUGGAGACUGGGAUGGUGGACGAUCUCGUCGAGCUAAACGCACUAAGUUGAAGGAACCAAUCAAUCCAGAGUAUGGCGACGCAUUCAUGGCAGAGAUAUUA